CGAUGAAAUUAUCCCCCCUUAGCCUCGCGAGCUUCUGACGUUUCAUCAUCCGUUGAUACUGCCGCCCGACCGGUGAUCAUUUGAACUAGGCACUUGGAUCAGUGAAAGAGGGAGGGAAAAAAAAAAAAAAAAAAAAAAGAAAAAAAAAGCACUAUUGAAGGAGGACGGGGAAAUAAGCCGUCGACGCCUUUUGUUACACCAACCUGACCAUUAUCGAUUGUUUACUUUUUCGACACAAUACAUACCCGAUCCGGAGAGUGCAGAGUUAUCCGCCAACAUGCUCCUCGCAUUCGCUUUCUCGUGGAUUUUGUUGCUUGCAUCGCCCGUCUUCGGAGCUGAAAAUUCCGUGAAAUACUGUUCCUCGGUUAAUACAGGAUCCGACAAUGAUGCGAAUCACGAUACCUUUCAGUCCAUCGGGGCUUGCACAUCUACGUGCACGUCAGAUUAUGCAUUCGGCAUUCUCCAAGGCAAAAACUGCUGGUGCUCGAAUGUCGCACCUAAUACAGCAACCAAUGUGAAUGUUUCAGAGUGUAACGAUGGCUGCCCUGGGUACCCGUCCGACAAUUGUGGAAAUGCGGAAGAAGGCUUGUAUGGCUACAUCGUAUUGAUGGAUCACAUGCCAUCUAGCACGGCCAGCGCAUCAGGCACCUCUUCGACUGGAACUUCGACAGGCACCCCAACAGAGACCACAGGAGCGAGCACGACGACUUCAGGAGGCAGUAAAGUUGAGACAAUCGGAGGCCAGGUCCAAACGGUUACGGUUGGCGGGUCAGGCGCGACCGCUGCUGCAGAUACUUCAUCGACUAGCAGCAAAGACAGCGACUCUGGGCUAAGUAGUGGCGCCGUGGCUGGUGUUGCUGUUGGUUCCGUCGCAGGUUUCCUUGCAAUCUUGGCUCUGAUCCUCAUCUGGUACUGUUCGAAGAAACGCCAACGCGCAAACAGUCCUGACCCCAGCAUGCAAUUAUUGGAUGGUCGCAACAGCAAGGGCUCCCAAAUGAGCUUUAUGAGGUCCGUCUUUUCCGACAACACCACUCUUGGAGGGUCACCUACUGCCACACGCAACCCGAACGCAACCUUUAUCGAUAAUCGUAUGAAGACGAACACCGUGCUCUAUCCAAACGGUCCCCGGGAUAGCAGUGUAUCGCUUCAGGACAAUGAGGACUACUCAAGACCUGUGCUACGGGUAAGCAUCUAACCUAUAAUCGUGUAAUCAAUGCGUGACUGACAGU